ACGGAUCUCCUACGUGCCCUUUAGAGUUAGAAAAACAUGUCUGACAGCUGCUGCUAGCAUGUGAGCUAAUGCUUAGCAGCGCAGGAGGAGUCAUGCUCAGGUCAAAGUAGUAGCACUGUCUUGCUGCUUCAUUUAUUUCGAAGAAAAACAUGGCAGAGAUCUUUUCCCGCUGGAAUAUGUUUAGAGUCGGGUGGAGAGGCGUGAAGUUGAGCAGGAAAGUCACUCAUGCAGCUGUUUCUGCGCAGACGCAGCGCCGCUACAGCACAGAGUGCAGCUUGUUUGGGCUUCUGUUUGACAUCGACGGGGUGCUGGUACGCGGACGGACGCCCAUCCCUGCAGCCAAACAGUGUUUUAGGAACCUGGUGGACGGCGAUGGAAAAUACAAGGUUCCUGUGGUGUUUGUGACAAAUGCGGGAAACUCUCUGCGAGAAACCAAGGCCGAGCAGCUGUCUCACCUUCUGGAGGUUGAGGUGUCAGCAGACCAGGUGGUGCUGUCCCACAGUCCUCUGCGGGUUUUCACUCAGUUCCAUGACUUGUGUGUGCUGGUGUCCGGACAGGGGCCCCAAUGA